AUGAUGUCUACGACUGCGUCCGACCGCUUCGGCGCUAUGGAGUUAACCCCUCGCCACGACCAGCCGCUCCUGGUGCCUGGCUCGGCCGCACUGGACGCCAUGGCAGCGCCCUGCGUCGUGUCCGUGCGCGUCGUGUCCGCCAUCGAUCUGCGGCCCAUGCACAAGGGUAUUACAAGCAAUCCAAUGGUGGAUGUCUCGCUCAUUCAUGACGACGGUUCGCUUCAAUUCCAGCGCAGCAUCGGCUGGGACAUGGGCAACGAUCUCAAGGCGCCACCCGGACUACAGCCACGCUCUCACAGAAACAGCACAUCGUCACUACCCGCUGGGGGUAUCCAACAUGGAAUGGCCACAAAGCCUUUCAAGUCUCGAGUGAUCAAGGGCUCCCUCAACCCCAUGUGGAAGUUCGACGUUGACUUCGGAGACGUGGACACCGACAAGGUCGUGGGUGUGCUGUUCACUGUGCGUCACGUCGAAAAAUUUGGUCUCGUCAAGAAAGAUAUGGGUCAGCUGAUGCUGUCGUUGAGAGACAUUAUGGAGCUUAAGAUGCAACCGCCACAUGAGCAAGAGUUCCAUUUAUUGCCGACCGAUGAGAUGGUCCGCCGGGAAGCCCUGGAAGGCCCGACGAAUCGCAAGCCAGGCAAGCUCUUGAUUCGCUUCAACGGCUACGGUGUUCCCUCAAACUAUACCGUGAUGACUGAUGGUCGUGUGUCCAACAUGGUGAACACGCUCGUGGCCCAUGAGGACGAGUUCGGACGCAGCUCCAAGUCCCUUGUGGUGCACGAUAUCCGCGCCGAAGUGCGUAAACUUCAGAGUUUUCACCAGACGAAGCCAAGGCCAGGCGAGAUAUGGUUUGCCGUCAACGCAGACUGGAUCCGUGCCUGGCUACUCUUUGUGUCAACGUACAAGGGCGAAGAGGCUCACAGUCCUGGCACUGUAGACAAUAUGCCUCUCAUUUCGGACGAUCUGAUGGACGGCACGUUCCAAAUUAAAUCCGGUCUUGUCAUCAAGAAGGACUUCAGGAUGAUCAACAAGAAGAGCUGGGAUUACUACCAGAAUGUCUACGGUGGAGGUCCAGCGAUUGAGGUGCAAAUCCCUAUCGACUGCGCGAGACCAGCGCUGUGGCUAGCGAGUCUCCAGCUAGACGAAGCUGGUCGAGUCAAUUCCAACUACGUUGACUCCGACUGA